AUAGAAUUUUGUUUCACUCACAAAACCAAAAGCCUCACAUUGAACCAUGCUCCUAUAAAUAUUGGAACUGAACCAGACGGUCAGCUGUUUCCAGUGUAUUCGAGAAAGGACUUGUACAGACAUCAUGGAGCUCAGGUUGUCUGUGCUGCUCUCUGCGUGUCUGCUGCUGGCUCUCGUCGGCCCCGCCGGGGCCCGCAAGGGGAGGUGCCCUCGCAAACAGAGCUGUGACCAGUGCAUCCGGGCGGGGCCGGAGUGCGCGUGGUGCAACCACCCGGACAUCACGGGUCCCCGCUGCAACACCGAGGAGAGGCUGGUGCAGGCGGGCUGCGUCAGGGACCUCUACAACCCCAGAGGAGGCCUGCUGUCCGUCACCAACGAGAGCAGGUGGGAGGCCAGAACGCGGGCGGACCAGGCGGUCCAGGCCACGGUAGUGCGUCUGACCCUGAGGCCGGGCGUGGUCCAGUCCGCCCUCCUGACCCUGCCCAGAGACCGGCAGACGACCAGAGAGGUGACCCUGGAGAGCAGUCCCACACCGCAACACCUCAACAUCACCUUCAACCACACGGGGAACCCCUGGGUCAUACAGGUGAACGUUGAGGCCACACACUGUCCCCCGGAGAACGGAUCCUGGGCCGUCACCAUCACACCCAAAGGCUUUGCACAGCUACUGGAGCUUCAGAUAACAUCCGAGUGUGCGUGCCAGUGCACUCAGCGUCCCCCGGCCCCCAGCCCGUCGUGCGGGGGGCGGGGCUCCCUGGAGUGCGGCCGCUGCGCGUGCGACGCUCCGUACGCCGGGGGCCGCUGCCAGAGGCGGCGCUGGGCCCCGGGGCCGACGACCCACCGGGGGGACGGGCGGUGCCGGCAGAGCCCCGACGCCCUGGAGGAGUGCUCGGGCCGGGGGACAUGCGAGGAGGGGUUCUGUAUCUGCCGGGAGCGGACGGACCCCUCCCAGAGGUACACGGGGCACUACUGCGAGUGCAGCAACUUCAACUGUCCGCACGCCGACGGCAGGAUGUGCGGAGGCCAGGGCCGCUGCGCCUGUGGCCGCUGUGUGUGUGACGAGGGCUGGACCCACGAGGCCUGCGACUGCUCCACGGACGCCGGGCCGUGCACGGGCCCCGACCGCAACAUCUGUAGCAACCGAGGCACCUGCCGGUGUGGCAGGUGUGUCUGCGAGGAGCCCUUCCAAGGGGUCCGGUGUGAGAAUAGCCCCUUCACCGGCUAACCCUUCGCCACCGGCAGAACAUGUCCGAGUGGCCGACUCUGGAACUGACGUUCGGAGACGCGAUGUAGGGGCAGGUGCACCGUUGGCAUCAGGCCCGUGGCUUCCCCGUGCCCUGGGAGCUGUGGCUGGAAACCAGCAUCACAGCACCUCCUUAGGCCCAAUCCCAUUUCUACCCCUUCCCCCUUCCCCUUACCCCUCCCCCUUGUUUUGGACGGGUAAGGGGAAGGGGUAAGGGGUAGAAAUGGGAUUGGGCCUUAGUCCUUACCCCUUACCCUCACCCCUCCCUCCCUCCUUGUUCUGAAGGGGGAAGGGGUAAGGGGAAGGGGUAAGGGUAAGGGGUAGAAAUGUGAUUGGGCCAUAAUAAAGAUCGCAACUGUAGCUUAUAUAUGUUGUUCAAAACACAAAGUUUUAGUCAUGCGUGUAUAAGUUGUGUGGUAAAUACAUACAGGCAAGGAAACAACCUCUGAUAAACCUUAAGUCGCCUGAACAGCUUAAACUAUUGUUCAAGAUACUGAUUGUAUACCAGCCAGUAUUUCGACCUAGCAUGUGUUCUUAAGUGUUUGAUGACUUAUCAUUGUCAUUUUAUGAUUUAGAACAAUACAAAUGUUACAUAUUGUUCCUUUAACUAAUUGCAGAUGAUUUCAAUAAAAACAUUAUGGCACAUUAAAGUAGAAUGUGGAAUGAUGGAUCAUGGGUAAUAAAAUGAUAUUCAUGCAUGAUGGAAGAGUUACCAUUAUUAUUA